AUGUUGGAGCUGGAGAAGCAGAAGCAAGGCCAGUCCUCCGUGGCUGUGGAAGAAGACACGGUUUGGAUCCACCCCGAGACAGUAGCACAUGCCCUAUGGGAAUGUCCCUCUGCCCAGGAUGUGUGGAGCCAGUGCAGUAGGAGGAUCCAAAAGGCUAGUUCCCCCUACCACUCAUUCAAGUUUUUGCUAGAAGAGUGCCUUAAAACCUUUGAUGAGGAAGAGUUGGUGGAGUUUGGGCUCACGGCUUGGAAGAUUUGGAAAAGAAGGAAUGAAGUUGUCUUCAACAAUACCCUCUCUCACCCAAGCUCAAUCAACCAAAGUGUCAAGCUUCUCAUGACAGACCUUGAUCAAGCACACCAACCUGCCCGACAGUGCUCCUCCCCCUCUAGUGUUCCCCUAGCGUGGGAGGCUCCAUCACAAGGGAAGCUGAAAAUUAACUGGGACGCAGACUUAGAUAAAACAAGUUGUAGGGCUGGUGUGGGGGCAGUAGUCAGGAACUGGGAGGGAAAGGUUCUAGCCACCAUGAGAAUGAACCAUUCCCUCUACCCCGACCCCUUUCUAGCUGAGGCUUAUGCUGCCCACCAAGCAACUAUCUUCCUUAAGUCAAUGGGUUGGCAGGAUGUGAUCAUGGAGGGUGACUCCCUGCAGUUAGUCAACUGUCUAAAUUCCAAAGAAGAAGCAGACUCUUAUGCAGGGGUGCUGAUCAAAGCUGCAAGAGUAAACUUGGACUCCUUCACCGUGUGGACUACAAGCCAUGUAAAGAGGACUUGUAAUUCAGUAGCUCACGCUUUGUGUCAAGAUGCUUUAAGCAUCGGUGAUAGCAUUACUACGGUAGAUGCUAUCCUCUUUUGUAUUCGACACUUAUUGUUAUGA